CUGAGCUCAGUGGGGCAGAGACUGUGGUCUUGUCACCCUGGGCCCACAUCUGGGACUUGGCUUGUCAGGAAUGAGUGUCCAGGCCCAGUGAAUGACCGGAUGGACAGUUUGGACUCCCUUUGUUCUCCAGGCAAAGCCCAGCUUUUCCUCUCUGCAGAAAUUAUACUCCAAAUCGUGAAACCAUUUACCAUUGACGUUCUCAAAGAUCACCUUUUCCAUAACUAAACGCUCUUUAAUCUACAUUCAUGAACUUAGGUCUCCCAUCCGCUUUGUUUCCUGUCUGAGGCCAGUGAGGGGCCGGGGUCUGGGCUGCGGCAGACGCCAAGCUAGACCUGGGGACCAAGGACCAUAGAUCAGGCCGAGGUGGGAAGAGCCGUGGGACCCAGAGUGGGGACAGGCCCCUGGCCAGGAACACCAGCCUCCCUUCACCUUGUAACCCUCCCAGCAACCCUGUUGGCAGACAUGAUAUUCAUCCCCAUCUCCCGGAUGAGGACAGUGAGGCUCAGAGAGGCGCUGUCUUGCUCAGGACAACGUGACCUCUGUGUGGCCGAGCCAGGACAGGCUCAGGUUGUUUGGUCUCCAUCCCGGGCUCAAGGAGGUGACAGUUCUGUGUGAGGAGGUCAGGCUUUCAUGGUGGAAAGAGCUGUCAGAGGGGUUUCGGCAGAGGGAUUCAUGGAUCAGAGUGACAGCAGAUUUUAUGCAUCUUCAGCCAUUUGCUUUCUAUGGCAAGGCAAGAAGAGGGGACUGUCAGGGAAGCCUGUUCCCCCCAAACAGCUGGUGAUGGGCUCAGGUGGGAGAGCGAGCCGUAGGAGGCAGCUGUUAACCUCUGCUGAGAUCCCAGUGUCAGCUCGGGACUUGGGCUGGUGGGUUCUAGAUGCCACCUUCGUGGUUAGAGAUGGACAGGGUGGGGAGCUGGGGACAGAGGCAUCCAUAUGUGGAACUGAGGCUGGAGCUCUGUGCUGGGGACAAGCUGACUCCGGGCACAGGACCAAGAAGAGCUGUGGAUACAGUCCCCCUGAGAAUGCCCCCACGGGAGCCCUCCAUCUGCUGGAGCGCGACCCCGCCCUGGGCCACCAGGAGCCCCACUGGAAGGAGUUCCGCUUUGACCUGACUCAGAUCCCGGCCGGGGAGGCCGUCACGGCCGCGGAGUUCCGGAUUUACAAGCUGCCCAGCACUCACCCGCUCAACCAGACGCUCCACAUCAGCAUGUUCGAGGUGGUCCCAGAGCAGUCCAACAGGGAGUCUGACUUGUUCUUUUUGGAUCUUCAGACGCUCCGAUCUGGGGACGAGGGCUGGCUGGUGUUGGACGUGACAGCAGCCAGUGACCGCUGGCUCUUGAACCGUAACAAGGACCUGGGACUCCGCCUCUAUGUGGAAACAGAUGAUGGGCGCAGCGUGGAUCCUGGCCUGGCCGGUCUGCUGGGGCGACAGGCUCCGCGCUCCAAACAGCCUUUCGUGGUCACCUUUUUCAGGGCGAGCCCUGGCCCGGGCCCCGCCCGAGCCCCUCGAGCGGCAAGGCCCCUGAAGAGGAGGCCGCCGAAAAGAACCAACGAGCUGCCGCCCCCGAACAAACUGCCGGGGAUCUUCGACGACGUCCACGGCUCCCACGGCCGGCAGGUGUGCCGUCGGCACGAGUUGUACGUGAGCUUCCAGGACCUGGGCUGGCUGGACUGGGUCAUCGCCCCCCAAGGCUACUCAGCCUAUUACUGUGAAGGGGAGUGCUCCUUCCCGCUGGACUCCUGCAUGAACGCCACCAACCACGCCAUCCUGCAGUCCCUGGUGCACCUGAUGAAGCCGGACGCGGUCCCCAAGGCGUGCUGCGCGCCCACCAAGCUGAGUGCCACCUCCGUGCUCUACUACGACAGCAGCAACAACGUCAUCCUGCGCAAGCACCGCAACAUGGUGGUCCGCGCCUGCGGCUGCCACUGAGGCCCCGCCCCCGCCGGCCGGCCCUCCGCGGGCGCGGGGGCCAGGAGACCCCCCAGCGCCGUCACAGCUCAGGCAGGGUGGCAGUGAGGGCCCCCCUCCCCUGCCCACAUCCUCCAAUGGGCUGGUCCUUCCCAGGCCCUCUGCCCCAUCGCGUGCCUGAUGUCCUGGUGGAACUCUGCAUGGUGGUCUCAGUCAUGCAGCAGGGUUCUACCCCAGCUCCCUCCCCAGAGGCUCAGGCUGACUUAUCUUUGGGGUUGACAGAGAGUCCUGUCUGAGGACCCACUCUUGUCCAUUGCUGGCCCAGCUGCGGGCGGAUGUGGGGUGAACUGAGGCACCUGGAGUCCAGGAUGGCCACCUCAGGCCCUUCACCACCCAGGACUGGGUUUGGGGAUGUGCAGACAGGUCCUGGUCCAUCUCCAGUUGCCUGACCCUCCCGGGUGCAAAACCGGGCAUUUCUGGGCACUCAGAACGUGGAGUCAUCUUCAGUUUUCUAUAUUUGUGCAUCUGAAUGACCAGACUGUUGGCCACAAGGAGGCAUGUGGGUCACCUCCAGAAAGAGCUGAAUGAAUAGCAUGAUUUAGGGCCAAGGCCAGUGUCAAUUACCUUCCCUGUCCUCCUGCCUUGAUCUGUCUCUGCUGUCUGGGGAAGAUGUGCCUUGCAUGGACACUUUGGUGAAACAAAAAAUCUUGGGGGCUUUAUUGACCCCAUCUGUCAGUCACUGUGUUGAACAAUCAGGAGUUCAGCUCUGUGAAAAAGUUACCUUUUCACUGGGCCCAGUAUGGUGGAUACAUUGGGUGGCCCAGGAUGAUAAUGCCCAGCAAGGGUGAAAAAGUUUCUCUUAACUUUCUGCAUGGCAGUCAUCAAUUAUCAACCUUGAUAUUUUUUCGUUCAACUCUGGAGAGAAUUUCAAAGUGAUCAGCACCAAACUCAGGUGGCCACCACCAACAGAUUAGAGUUGUUUGUAGAGUGAAAACUGCCUGCCUUCUCCUGCUAAGGAGCAAUUCACUGCACCCAGGGACACUGGGUGGCCUGUGGCCAGGCAUGGGGCGAGGGCAGGGCUGGUCAGCACCUGCCUGUGUCCAGAAGUUGUCAAAAACAGACUGGUCACCCAAGUCUGCGUCACCCUGUGUGCCCCAGAGUCCCGUCCUGUUUCUUGGGGUCUGUGAGCCAAAGAAAAGGCCUGCAUCCCAGGGGAGUGACAGGUGGCAAUUAGGCCGAGUUGGGUGGGGAGGUUCCCGGAAACCACUGUUCUCCUUGGAGCAGCCACCGGCAGCUGGAGUGUUUAUUUGAUUUCUGACUUGGUAAGCCUGUAAUUUUACCUGGUGUAGCAGACAGAACCCAGCUGUCCAAACCCCAAAAUAUCAUUAAAAACAGAUCCUGGGCCCGCCCCAAUCCAGGGGCACAGCCCAGGAUGACACCCCGGGAGUUCACUCUGUGCCCUGAAGGGGCUCCAGGAGCGCAGCAGGGGUGGAGGAGGGGGCUGGGCUGCGGGACAGCAGCCCCUCCGCUUGGACCUGGGAAGGGCUCUGGGAGCCAGUGCACCGGAAGAGACCCCUCCACGGACACAGGAAAGCAGUGAGCUCCGCAACAGUGUAGGGAUCUAGGCUCUGGCCUACAUGUUAGGGAUGUGCCUUUUGACUUCCUCCUCUAGGCCUCAUUUCCCAUCUGUAAUACAAAGCUUUUUGAUCUGCAAAGGACCUUCAGCCUGGGAAACUGUGUCUGCCAAGCUUGUCUCACAAUGAGCCCAGAGGCAACCUGGCAACCCUGAACGUGGAGCUCAGGUGGCCAUCAUGAAUCAGAGCUGGCACAUAAGGUGGAACCUAUUUUUAUUCUAGUGCUUACCUAAGAGUUUUCUCGUCCCAACAGCAAAGAUAGUCUCCUGUGCAUGUGCUUAGUCGUUCAGUCAUGUUCAGCUCUUGUGACCCUACGGACUGUAGCCCGUCAGGUCCUCUGUCCAUGAGAUUCUCCCAGGCAAUACUGGAAUGGGCUUAGUUAGGGGCACACCAGGCAUGUCUGUCCCGUUACCCAAAGGUUGGCAGAUGCUGAGCACACCUCACCUCCCAACCAAGCAGUGCUUAGGGAUGGAGCUGCAGCCUUGCUUUCAUCCGGAACAACUGAAAAAGUGUUCAUUGUUUAUGUACCUGGUAGUCAGACUUCAGCAACUUUUGCCAUCCGGUCACUAAGUGAAAUCAAAUAGGAAAACCCCUGAGUGGUGCCACAGCAGUAAAUGCACACAAGGCCCAUGUAUUUUAUCCCGAGAGUUAUCUCUGCUCAGCCAAGCGGUGCAGUGGCAGGAGAGAUGCCACCAUUUCCCUUUCUCUUGCUCAGGGCCUGGCUUGUUUACCUGGCCAGACUAGAAAGAUAAAUAAAGGUGGUCAGUUCAGACCCACUGACAGCAAUGGGAAGUCAAUGACAGCUGAUAGGUAAGGAGGAUGUGGAGAAAAAAAGCGAAAGGAGAAACACACAAGUUUUGCUAUUUGCGGUAUAAUCCUGGCCUCAAGAGCAAGUCAUCACGUCAGGUUCACUGUUUCAAACCAAGGUAGGUUUAGUAACAUGUUCUGGAAAAUUUCCUAAGAAAUAGGAAAAGAGGCAGCAGGCAUAACAAGAGCACAGAUUCUUGAAGCCAAAUGGACUUGAAUCCUGGGUACUCUUCCUCUGUAGAGCAGGAUAGUGGCUCUCUCCUUCCAAGCUAUUAAAAAAUCAUCUGUGUACACAAACAUUUAGUACCAUUCUGGCAUAUAAAUAUUUAACAACUAGUGAAAGUCAAUUGUGUUCAACUCUUCUGCAACCCCAUGGAUGGUAGCCCACCAGGCUCCUCUGUCCAUGGAAUUCUCCAGGCCAGAAUACUGGAGUGGGUAGCCUAGCCCUUCUUCAGGAAAUCUUCCUGACCUAGGAAUUGAACCCAGGUCUCCUGCAUUGCAGAUGGAUUCUUUACCAACUGAGCUACCAGAGAAGCCCCUAGGAAUACUGGAGUGAGUUGCAUUCCCUUUUCCAGGGGGUCUUCCUGACCCAAGGACUGAACCUGGGUCUCCUGCAUUGUAGGCAGAUUCUACUUAACAACUGGUAUCUGUUGGUUUUAUAACAAAAGAAUUUGCUAGUUUUGCGCCCCUUCUGUGCUUGGUCACUAAAACUUUCUUCUUCUGAGAAUGUAUUUUGUGGGUGAUGGUGUUUGUUCAGAGCUGUGCUUUUUCCUAAAACAUUUACACACCACAAUCCUUUGAGGACAGGACUUGUGUUCUCACUGCUUUAAAGGUCUGGGCAAGUGGCCGGUUAUGCGGCAGUGGCCGGGGCAGUGACUCCAUGCUGUGUGUUCCCAGGAGCCUGCUGAGGGCGCUCAGCGCUGCCGAGGUGCCCUGUAGGCAAUCUAGACAGGGCUUGUCCAUCCUGAGUGUCACUCCUCAUGGGGAGGCCCUUUAUAAGCACUCGACCCACUUUUUUUUUUUUAAUGUGCUUUUAUUACAGCAAUAAUGCAAUUUAGAAGGAAAGUUUGCAAAAAACAAAAAAAUAAAAUACAAUUCAAAUCACCAUAAUCCUACAAGUCAGAUAAACAUGCUAGUUAAUAUUUUGUUGAAUUUAUUUCUACGUUUUCUUA